CUCCGAAACAAACGAGCUUUAAACUCCUUGUCAACUUGCAGUAUGCAAAGUCAAUUGAAGUUGCUUCGUCAAAUGACUGUGUCUGGCACCUUCAACACCCUCAAAUCCUCCAAUCUCAUCUCCUGGAAAUCUACAGGUAGGCUUCAACAAACCAUAGCUGGAUGCAUAGAGAAGAGUGGCAAGACUUUGCACUCGGGUGAGGUUUCAAAGGUGAAAAUAUUUCCGGGGUUUGCUGGUGAAGGUAGGUACUUCAAAUUUCAAUCAAAAUCGGUGCCUGCAUCCAUUGAUUUCGCCAAAGUAUCACCCUUGUGUACCACACUUUGUAAGGACGGAGUUAGAGUUCGGACUGUUGAGCAUCUGCUGUCUGCUUUGGAGGCUAAGGGUGUUGAUAAUUGCAAGAUUGAGAUCGAAAAUCAGGAUUGUGACAGUCAAGAGGUUGAGGUACCUAUUCUUGAUGGGUCAGCAUGUGCAUGGUUGGAGGCAAUAGAAAAAGUUGGGGUAAAGGAGGCCUUGGAUCAGCAUGGAAACAAUGGCGAAAAAGUUGCUCCAUAUUUGAAUGAACCAGUGCAUGUAUGGAGGAAUGAUUCUUUUAUAGCCGCUUUCCCUUCCCCAAAGGUUCGCAUCACUUGUGGAGUCCACUUUCCCAAGGUGCCCACUAUUGGCUGCCAAUGGUUUUCUUCAGCCCCUUUGGAUGAGUCUGUCUAUGCAACACAGAUUGCAUCUUCAAGAACUUUUUGCAUUUAUGAGGAGGUGGAGUCUAUGCGCAAUGCCGGAUUAAUAAAAGGGGGUUCAUUAGAAAAUGCCCUUGUUUGCAGUAUCAGUGACGGUUGGUUAAAUCCGUCACUGCGAUUCCCAGAUGAACCUUGUCGGCAUAAGGUAUUAGAUCUUAUUGGCGACCUAUCCCUGUUUGCACAGAAUGGUACUCAGGGACUUCCAGUGGCUCACAUAGUAGCUUUCAAGGGGGGGCAUGCACUGCAUAUUGAUUUUGCACGUCACUUACUGGGAACUAUCUAGGAGAAAAUGUUUUACUCCAUUGAGUAUUUCUGUUCCUGGAGGCCAAAGGUGCGCAUUUGAUUCAACUUUUUGCAGCUCAUAUGUAGUGAGCAACUAGAAGCUUCAAGAACCAAUGUCAAAUCCGGUUUGAGUCAUGGUUAAAUUUUGUUCUAGCCAUUGGAAUAGAUUGAUUUGAGGUUAAACUAGAUAAAUAGUAUUGAACCAAGGUUCAACCUACAAGUUAGACUAGUUUGACAUUCAUAUUAAAAUUAUGUUGUCAUCACAUGAUUAAAACGUGUGUUAAAAUUUUAAUUAUAUGGACUUGUGGAUCGAUCAUUUGAUCGAGUCAAUGUUGGAUCUAGCCUACAAACAUUGGUAAUGUUAACAUUAUGUUGAACAAGAAUUAUGAA